UAUAAAUCAAACCUCGCCGUUCCACCUCAGCUCAAAGUCAGUUCCAUCGCGCCAUCCAACCCGUCAAGAUGUCGCACUACCCACCGUAUCACCCCCACGGAACUCCGCUGCCGCACAACCCGCACGAAGGACCGAUUUCGCACACCGUUUUUCCACCGGAGAUGAACCCAAACUUCCCGCAUCGACCCCUGCAGGAUCCGCCCCACCAUCACUAUCCGGGCGGCCAGGUCCAGUACCCGCCGCCCCAUCUGAUGCCACCGUCAUCGGACGGAUCGGACGUAACGUACUACCCGCCUGGACAUUAUCCUCCCGGACAGUACCCGCCGCCGGGGCACUACCCACCGGGGCAGUUCCCACCGCAACACUAUCCGAACUAUGACCAGGCCGUGGCCUUCGGAGGUGGGGCUGCCGCUGCCAAUCCGAGGAAGGCACCGGAGGAAAAGAAAUCGUAAAGUUUUGCACCAAGUUUCAUACAAAAAGAGUUUUACUAGUUACGUAAUGUUUUUUUUUAGUUACAUAGUGUGUAG